AUGGAUUUCGUUCUCAUUCUCCUUUCAAUUCACUUCCUUUUCUGCUUUCUGCACCCAUUUUCAACCGCUCAAAACAUUACUUUGGGUUCUUCCCUCACUGCAAAUGGGAGCAAUUCGUCUUGGGUGUCACCAUCCGGUGACUUUGCCUUUGGUUUUCGAAAUAUCAAAACCAACGGUUACUUACUGGCCAUUUGGUUCGACAAAAUACCAGAGAAAACCAUAGUUUGGUCGGCCAAAGUAGAUGCCUUAGCCGAAGAAGGGUCCAAAGUUCAACUCACGACAGAUGGAAAGUUCAUGCUUCUUGACCCCAGUGGAAAGCAAAUAUGGUCGCGCAACUUGAGCGAGGGUGGAGCUGCCUAUGCCGCCAUGCUUGAUAGUGGCAACUUCGUUGUAGCAAAAAACAACGGGGCCAUCCUAUGGCAGAGCUUUGACGAACCAACAGACACCAUAUUGCCGACGCAAAUACUAGACCUAGGAAGCAAACUCGUAGCUCGUCACUCUGAGGGAAACUACUCAAGCGGAAGGUUUGAGCUCAGGUUGCAAAGUAAUGGAGAUCUUGGGUUUUUCACCAGGAAUGUCCCGUUGGAUGCCAUCAACUCAGCUUAUUUGGAAAUCCAAAGCGGUGGCAGCGGCCAUCAAGUGAAGUUCAAUCAGUCUGGCUUCAUCUAUUUCGACGCAAUUAACGGAAGUGUAUUGGGACUUUUAUCAAACAAAACUUCAACAAGCCAAUUCUACCAGCGGGCGAUUCUUGAAUAUGAUGGGGUUUUUAGGCACUAUGUCUACCCAAAAUCAGCUAACUCAAUUGGUGGCAGGCAAAAGAAUUGGACCACUCUCUCCUUUGUGCCACCAAAUAUAUGCACAAGUGUUAUCCAAGAAACAGGAGCUGGGGCUUGUGGGUUUAAUAGCUACUGCCAGGUUGAAAGUGACGGAAGGCGUCGAUGCUUGUGCCCAUCAGGCUAUAUCUUCUUUGAUCCAGAUGAUGAGAUGGGUGGGUGCAAGCCAAACUUUUUGCCUCAGAGUUGCGAUGUAGAGUCCCAAGAAGCGGAUCAUUUCAACUUUUCUGAAGUGGUUAAUUUGGACUGGCCGUUGUCUGACUACGAGCAUUACCAGCCGGUGACUGAAGAGUGGUGCAAGGACGUCUGCUUGAAGGAUUGUUUUUGUGCUGUUGCCAUUUUCGAAAGUAAUAACUGCUGGAAGAAGAAGAACCCUCUCUCCAAUGGGAAGCUUGAUCCAAGUGUUGAUAGGCAUGCUUUUGUGAAAGUAAGGAACGGCAAUUCUACUUUUCUUCCUCCGAAACUAGUAGGGCCGAAGAAGGAUCAAACCCCUCUAAUCAUUGGAUUAAGCAGCUCAGCACUUCUCAACUUCCUUUUGCUCUUAUUAAACUUCUUGGGAUUUAAUUGGUUUCGCAAGAGAAAUUCAAAGGUCCUACAGCUAUAUAAAGAUGAAGGAAGCAAAAAGGAUUCGGGAGUUUUCACUUAUAAAGAACUUGAGGAAGCAACUAAUGGAUUCAAGGAGUGUUAUAAAGAAGGGAAGUUAGAGCUUUUGGUGGAGAAUGAUGCAGAGGCAAUGAAUGACAUAAAGAGGGUGAAGAAAUUUGUGAUGAUAGCACUAUGGUGCACUCAGGUGGAUCCGUCUCUAAGGCCAACCAUGAAGAGUGUCUUACUCAUGCUCGAAGGAGUUAUAGAAGCCCCUGUUCCUCCGGAUCCCUCCUCUUUCGUUGAUUCCAUGUAG